AUGUCAUCUACAACAAAGUCUAAAGGGUCUGAACCCUUGGGAACACCUUCAUUAUGGUCUCCAAAGUCACCUCAAGCCACAACCUCACCAACAUCAUCCAAAUCAAAGGAUAAUACUAGUGAUGAUGUAUUGUCUCCAUCAUCAUCAACAUCAACAACAACAAAUACUCAUAAGCCAUAUUUAGAAUCAUCAGCCAACACUCCAACAUCAGUAUUAUCAUCACUACAACCACAAUCACAUACAUUGUUGCCUGCAUUCGCACAAGCAGCAAUGGUGACGACAGCACCAUCAUCAUCGAAUAAGAGAAAGAGGAUAUUUGCAAGAGAGAUCAAACAGAUGAUGUAUGGCUUUGGAGAUGUGCGCGAGCCCCUGCCCGAUUCAGUGGACUUGAUGGAGGACAUUGUUACAGAGUACAUCCAGGAGAUGACGUCAAAGGCUGGUCAAGUGUCUUCGCGUCGUGGUCGCUUUCAGACCGAGGACCUGGUGUUCCUUGUGCGAAAGGAUGCCAAGAAGUACCAUCGUGUCAUUGAGCUACUACGCAUGAACGAGGAGCUGAAGAAGGCCAAGAGAGCAUUCGAUGAUACUCAAGAGCCAGGCGAGGAGGAACAGUAA